AUGACCGAGAAUGUCACCCGCCCAUUGAACGGUAUGGGUACAAACCCCGUUUCACGUCGUACAGUCGACUUUCAUCCGGAAAGUACGGUCAAAGUCCUCCCUAUUCACCCGAAAGGUGUGAAUGGAAACUCUGUCCUGGACGAUUCCGACAGCGCCUCCGUCUCCUCCGCCUCAGAAACACACGAAGUGAUCGCCAGGGAAUCCAAGCGGCCGAUAAUGACCCGUAAGGCCUCUUCGCCUAUGGCACCCACUUUUAUGGUAUCUGCGCCGGGUAAGGUGAUCGUCUUUGGCGAGCAUGCUGUGGUUCACGGCAAGGCUGCCAUGGCUGCGGCUAUCUCUCUUCGCUCCUACCUUCUCGUCACCACCCUCUCUAAAUCACAGCGUACGAUAACAUUGAACUUCCGGGAUUUGGGUCUUAGUCACACUUGGGAUAUUGACACCCUACCCUGGGACAAGUUUCACGAACCCUCGAAAAAGAAGUUUUACUACAGCCUUGUCACCGAACUCGACCCCGAACUUGUCGACGCAAUCGAACCACACCUCCAGGGCGUCUCCAAGGGCCUUCCAGAGGAGCAACGCAACAUCCACAUCCGCUCCGCAUCCUCCUUCCUCUACCUCUUCCUCUCUCUAGGCUCCCCGCAAAGCCCAGGCGCUAUCUACACCCUUCGAUCUACCAUCCCCACUGGAGCUGGCCUAGGUAGUAGUGCUAGUGUUUGCGUCUGCAUUAGUUCUGCGCUACUUCUUCAAAUCCGUACACUCGCCGGGCCCCACCCAGACCAGCCACCGGAGGAGGCAGAGACACAGAUCGAGCGUAUCAACCGCUGGGCAUUCGUUGGAGAGCUGUGUAUCCAUGGUAAUCCGAGCGGCGUGGAUAACACAGUGGCCGCAGGCGGCAAGGCUGUGAUUUUCCGGCGCGAUGAUUACUCGAAGCCUCCAACGGUCGUCUCGGUGCCCACUUUCCCCGAACUUCCCCUCCUACUUGUCAACACCCAACAAGCGCGUUCCACAAAGACAGAAGUCGAUAAAGUCGCAGCCCUAAGAAAUGCCCAUCCCAUCGUGACGGAGUCAAUACUUAACGGCAUCGAUCAAGUGACAUGCUCUGCACAACGUUUGAUCGAGGACCCUAGUUUCGAGGGCAUCUCUGAGGCUACCCUCGCCCACUUUGGAACCCUAAUCCGGAUCAACCACGGCUUCCUUGUCUCCCUAGGCGUCUCUCACCCCCGUCUCGAACGCAUUCGUGAACUUGUCGAUUACGCCGACAUCGGUUGGACAAAGCUGACCGGUGCAGGCGGUGGCGGAUGUGCGAUUACCCUCCUCCGACCUAAUGCGAAGGCCGAAAUCAAGCAGGACCUCGAACAGAAGUUCGAGGAGGAGGGUUUCGCUACGUACGAGGUUACCCUCGGCGGUGACGGUGUUGGUGUUCUCUACCCGGCCGUCCUGCGUAAUGGCUCGGACGAAGAGGGCGGUGAGGAGAUCGAUCAACAGAAGUUCGAAAAUGCCGAGGGCCCUGAAGGUAUUGAGCGUCUUGUUGGUGUCGGGGUCGAGGAGAGGAGAGAAGGCUGGAAGUUCUGGAAGCGAGCUACCAAUUAA